AAGGCUUAGAAGCCCCAUUGCAACCGCCGUUAGCCAUUAACUUACGAUCAUGGUUGCCUCGAAGUUCGUGAAGCUCAACACUGGUGCAUUGAUUCCCACUCUUGGUCUGGGGACAUGGCAGUCCCAGCCUGGUGAGGUCGAGAGGGCGGUCGAGUUUGCACUUCGAAACGGCUACAGGCAUAUCGACACUGCCACUGCGUAUGCUAACGAGAAGGAAGUUGGCAUUGGCAUCAAGGCUUCUGAAGUACCGAGGGAAGAAGUCUUCUUGGUUACGAAGCUCGACAAUCCCGACCAUAAGAACCCUGAGGCAGCCCUGGAGUAUUCCCUGAAGGCUCUUGAUACACCGUAUCUCGACCUCUGGCUUAUGCAUUGGCCUGCACCUAUGACCAAGGAUGGAAAGGCCGACAAGUCUAUUAACUGGCUUGAUACGUGGAAAGCCAUGGAGAAGAUCUACAAGGAGCAUCCUGAUAAAGUUAAGGCGAUCGGCGUUUCGAACGUCUCAAUUGAAUUCUUCGAGAAACUCCUCCCGGAAGCAACAGUUAUUCCUGCCGUUAAUCAGGUUGAGCUUCAUCCCUCUUGCGUUCAAGAUGACCUUGUGCAGUAUUGCGUCAGCAGGGGCAUUGUUGUUACUGCUUAUUCGCCUCUGGGUUCAACCAAAUCGCCCCUAUUGUCCCAUCCAGUCAUCGACAAGAUUGCUCGGAAACACGGUGUCGCGCCUGCGAAUAUUCUCUUGUCGCUCCAGGCCAACAGACCUGGUGUCACUGUGUUGAGCAAGUCCGUUAAACCGGAGCGCAUCAUCGCCAACUCCAAGAUCAUUGACCUCUCUGAUGACGAAGUCAAGGAACUUAAAGACAUAGAAAAGACCUUGUCAUUCCGUGCGUGCCCUCCGGAAUGGACUGGUUGGGGUUCACUUGGCUUCCCCGGCCACUAGUCUUCAGGCUGGAUAAAUAAAGAUUGAAAUUUCGUACAAAUAUCUCCGCAUGUCAUUGUUAUGCGUUAGCCAUCUCCUUGAAGUAUACGGAAUCAAGUCCUGUCAUUG